GUUACGAAGUCCAAGGGAGGGUUUUUACGGUGACGCUUAUCUGACGGAACCGUGGAAAUCGCGUCAAGCUGCCUGACAUCACUGGCAGAAGAAAACAUUUGACGUUCUGCCCUCAGGGAUUUGCCUGCUUGUGUGGGACUGUCUGCAGGGAUGGACUGUGAGGUGCAGAGAGACGGGAGGAUUCUGGACCUGAUCGAUGAUGCCUGGAAGGAGGACAGGCUGCCUUACGAAGAAGUCACAAUCCCCCUGAAUGAGCUUCCUGAGCCAGAGCAAGACAGCGGAGGCUCGACUGAGUCGGUGAAGGAGCAGGAGAUGAAGUGGUCAGACCUGGCUCUGCAGAGCCUGCACGAGAACACCCCCAACACAGGGAGCUAGCACCCGGACACCAGUGAAUGGACCGCACUUUGUGUAUGCCGUUAAGCUUUGUACUGCAUGUUUAAUGUAACAGGUAACUCAGAUAAGCCCCACUUCUUGGCACCCUACUGCUGCCAGUCAGGUUCAGCAGAACAAUGAGGAGCUCUCCUGUAACAGUGUUUUUAUUUGCGGAAUACAGCAGGUGAAGAACUAAGUGUUUGUACUUCCAAUGCUGUUGUCUACUGCUCUCACCACAGCUGACGCAGAGAAAUAAAUUAUUACAUGACAUGAUCCCUUAUGUUAUAUAUCAUGCUGUCACACCUCCCUGGGAUGCUGAGCUUCAGUCAUAUGAAUAAAAACAUUCCCUUAA